AUGGAUGGAGCAAAGAAAGAUGCCCCUCCAGUGGGCGAUGUGGGCAAAUCGGACACCCUGGGUUCAACUGGCUCAGCCAGGAAAAGGGGAGGGGGGGCCAAGAAGGCGAUGCAGGCCAACAAGUCUGCCCUCAGAGCCCCCCGAGCCCUUUGCUGCCUGACUCUGAGCAACCCCAUCCGCAUGGCGGCGCUGGCCCUGGUGGAGUGGAAGCCUUUUGAUAUCUUCAUUCUUUUAGCUAUAUUUGCCAACUGUGUUGCCAUGGGGGUCACAAAGCCAUAUCCAGAUGACGAUUCCAACCCUACCAACCACCAGCUUGAACAAGUUGAAUAUGUCUUCCUCGUCAUCUUCACCAUCGAGACCUUUACCAAGAUUCUUGCCUAUGGUUUAGUCAUGCACCCCAGCGCCUACAUACGAAGCGGUUGGAACCUGCUGGAUUUCAUCAUUGUCAUUGUCGGGUUGUUCAGUGUGAUAGCAGAGGGUAUGACGGAUCAUAAGCCAGGAGAGGCCCACCAUGCUGCAGGAAAACCUGGAGGUCUGGAUGUUAAAGCUCUCCGAGCUUUCAGAGUGCUGCGACCGCUUCGGCUUGUGUCUGGCGUACCAAGUUUACAGAUUGUGUUGAACUCCAUUAUGAAAGCCAUGGUCCCUCUGCUCCACAUCGGCAUGCUUGUCAUGUUUGUCAUCAUAAUUUACGCCAUCGUAGGUUUAGAGCUUUUCCUCGGCAGGAUGCACAAGACGUGCUUUGACACCAGCACAGGUCUUAUGGUGGAGGACGAUCCAUCGCCGUGCGCUUUUGCAGGCGUCGGUCGUUUCUGUGUUACUAACGGCACUGAAUGCAAGGGGAAGUGGGAGGGUCCCAAUGGCGGCAUCACGAACUUUGACAACAUUUUCUUUGCCAUGCUAACAGUUUUCCAGUGCAUCACUAUGGAGGGUUGGACAGAUGUGCUCUACUGGAUGAAUGAUGCCAUUGGCUUCGACAUACCAUGGGUUUACUUUGUUUCUUUGGUCAUCUUCGGAUCAUUUUUCAUCAUCAACCUCGUAUUGGGUGUACUGAGCGGAGAGUUCUCUAAAGAAAGAGAGAAGGCCGUUGCACGGGGGGAGCUGCAGAAAGCUCAGGAGAGCAAGCAGAUGGAGGAGGACAUGAUCGGCUACAUGGACUGGCUCAUAGAAGCCGAGGAUGUGGACGAAGAAGGAAACAAACGUGCCGCCAUCGCAAAGAAGAAGAUGAUGAAGAAGUUUGGUUGGUACAAACACAGCGAGGAUGGGGGAGAGUCGGACUCUGAUGAUGAUAUCGCAUACCUGGACGAUGAUAGCGGCUUCUGUGCUUCACUCAUGGCGAAGAUGAUGGCCAACAGCUUCUGUGACCAGUUGUGCCAGCUCAACCAUACAUUCAGAAAAAACUGCCGUGUUGCAGUGAAGACCACUAACUUCUACUGGCUGGUGCUGCUGCUGGUGUUUCUCAACACGGUGGCCAGCGCCUCGGAGCACUACGGACAGCCCAAAUGGCUCACAGAAAUGCAGGAGCGAGCCAACAAGAUCCUGCUGCUGCUCUUCACCUUGGAGAUGCUGAUGAAGAUGUACGCCUUCGGCCUCCAGAUCUACUUCAUGGCCUUGUUCAACCGCUUCGACUGCUUCGUGGUGUGUGGCGGCAUUCUAGAGACGCUGCUUGUAGAGAUGGACGUCAUCCCGCCUAUCGGCAUCUCUGUGCUGCGCUGCAUCCGACUGCUCCGCAUUUUUAAGAUGACCCGACACUGGGCUGCUCUCUCCGACCUGGUCACCUCACUGCUUAACUCCAUGAAGGCUAUCUGCUCCCUUCUGCUCCUGCUCUUCCUCUUCCUCAUCAUCUUCGCCUUGCUGGGGAUGCAGCUGUUUGGAGGGAAGUUCAACUUUGACGAGACUCAGAUGAAGAGAAGCACGUUUGACUCCUUCCCUCAGGCUCUGUUGACAUGUUUCCAGAUUCUCACUGGAGAGGACUGGAACGCUGUGAUGUAUGAUGGCAUAAUGGCGUACGGAGGGCCGAUCUUCCCUAACAUGGUGGUUUGCAUUUACUUCGUCAUCCUCUUUGUUUGCGGUAACUACAUCCUGCUCAAUGUGUUCUUGGCUAUCGCUGUGGAUAACUUGGCAGGGAGCGGUGGAAAGAAAAACGUGGAGGAGAAAAAGGAAGAAGAAGAGGAGUGGGAUGAGGACGAGGAGAAAGAGGAUGAAGAUGCAGGGAACGAAGAGGAUGAUUGGCAGGAAAAUGAGGAGCUGAGAGUCAUUGAGGGUCUGGAGGGUGUUGCUCCAUUAAAGCCAGAGUUCUCCGGCCCUAAAGAGAAGAUUGUGCCGAUACCCGAUGGAAGCUCCUUCUUCCUUCUGGGAAAGAAAAACUGUUUACGUGUCGCCUGCCACAACCUCAUUCACCACCACUACUUCACCAACUUCAUCCUCAUCUUCAUCAUCCUCAGCAGCAUCUCGCUGGCUGCUGAGGAUCCCAUCAAAUCGCACUCAUUCAGGAACAUCGUGCUGGGAUACGCAGAUUAUGUCUUCACUUCGGUUUUCACCGUGGAGAUUGUCCUAAAGAUGACAGUUUAUGGAGCUUUUCUUCACACCGGCUCCUUCUGCAGGAACGCCUUCAACCUCCUCGACCUGCUGGUUGUCAGUGUGUCGCUCACGUCUUUCUUCUUACAUUCAAGUGCGAUCUCAGUGGUAAAGAUUCUCCGAGUUCUCCGAGUGCUCAGGCCUCUCCGAGCCAUCAACAGAGCCAAGGGACUGAAGAAUGUGGUGCAGUGCGUCUUCGUGGCGAUUCGCACCAUCGGCAACAUCUUGAUCGUCACGACUCUCCUUCAGUUCAUGUUUGCUUGUAUUGGAGUUCAGCUUUUCAAGGGGAGAUUUUACAGCUGCACUGAUGAAGCCAAACACACUCCAGACGAGUGCAAGGGAACGUUUGUGGUCUAUAAAGACGGAGAUAUGAACCAUCCCAUGGUCAGAGAGAGGAUCUGGCAAAACAGUGACUUCAACUUUGACAACGUGCUGAUGGGAAUGUUAGCUUUGUUCACUGUAUCGACGUUUGAAGGUUGGCCUCAGCUCCUUUACCGUGCGGUGGACGCCAACGCCAUAAACCGAGGCCCUAUUUACAACUACAGAGUGGAGAUCUCCAUCUUUUUCAUUAUUUACAUCAUCAUCAUUGCUUUCUUCAUGAUGAACAUAUUUGUGGGUUUCGUCAUCAUCACUUUUCGAGAGCAAGGAGAAGCCGAGUUCAAAAACUGUGAACUGAACAAGAAUCAGAGGCAGUGUGUGUAUUACACACUGAAAGCUCAGCCUAUAAAGAUUUACAUCCCAAAAAAUCCAUCCCAGCUGAAAUUCUGGAAAAUCAUCAACUCCAGCCAGUUUGAAUACAUCAUGUUUGUGCUGAUUUUGGGGAACACCCUCACUCUGGCUGUUCAGCAUUAUGAGCAGUCGAAAUUAUUCACCUCCAUCAUGGACAUCCUCAACAUGAUCUUCACCGUGGUUUUCACAAUAGAGAUGAUCAUCAAGCUGAUGGCUCUGCGGGCUCAUCAUUAUUUCAUCGAUCCCUGGAAUUCAUUCGAUGCACUAAUCGUUGUGGGCAGCGUCUUGGACAUCAUAGUGUCUGAAUUUAGUGGAGGAGGCGGCCAUGGAGAGGGUGGUGGGAAAGGAGAACAUGGAAAAGUGUCCAUUACGUUCUUCCGCUUGUUCCGAGUGUUGAGGUUGGUUAAGCUGCUCAGCAAAGGAGAAGGAAUUCGAACUCUUCUCUGGACUUUUGUCAAAUCCCUGCAGGCCUUGCCUUACGUUGGCCUCCUCAUCGCUAUGAUCUUCUUCAUCUACGCUGUGAUCGGCAUGCAGAUGUUUGGUAAAAUCGCCGUCGAUGACGACACAGACAUCAACAGAAACUGCAACUUCCAGACGUUCUUUAUGGCGGUUCUAGUCCUUUUUAGGUGUGCUACUGGAGAGCAGUGGCAGCAGAUCAUGCUGGGCGCCCUGCCCGGCAGACGAUGUGACCCAGAGGCUGACGUUGAGCCCGGAGAAGAGUUCACCUGCGGCAGUAACCUGGCCUACCUUUACUUCAUCAGCUUCUUCAUGCUCUGCGCCUACUUGAUCAUCAACUUGUUCAUUGCUGUCAUCAUGGACAACUUUGAAUAUCUUACAAGAGAUUGGACGGUGCUGGGGACCCACCACCUGGACGAGUUUAAGAGAGUUUGGUCCGACUACGAUCCAGAAGCUACAGGUCGCAUUAAGCACAUCGAUGUAGUCACUAUGUUGCGCAGAAUUCAGCCUCCUCUUGGCUUUGGAAAGCUGUGUCCUCAUCGUGUUGCCUGCAAAAGACUCGUGGCUAUGAAUGUGCCGCUCCACUCUGAUGGGACUGUCACCUUCAACGCCACUCUGUUUGCUCUUGUCCGAACUUCACUGAAGAUAAAGACUGAAGGCCCUGUUGAUAAGCAGAAUGAGGAGCUGAAGGUGAUCAUUAAGAAGCUGUGGAAGCACACCAAACCUAAACUUAUUGAUGAAAUUAUUCCGCCCCCUAGAGGGGAUGAGGUGACGUGUGGAAAGGUUUAUGCCAGUUUCCUUAUCCAAGACUAUUUCAAAAAGUUCAGAAAGAGGAAAGAGAGAGAAAGAAAAUCCAAGAGGAAAGAUAAGGCUGCUGCACUUCAGCAAGGGCUGCGGACGCUGCAGGACUUGGCUCCAGAGAUGCGUCUGGCGAUCGCUUGUGACCUCGAGGACGAAGAGGCAACGGAGGGAGAGAUGACGGGUGACGAGAUGUUUGACAGUGAGCGUGGGACCUCUGCAAACCCCACACCUGCUAGCACUCCAAUGCCCCCCCUGGACAUGCUGGUGGAGCAGACGGCAGUGAUUAUCGAACACACGCCCAAAGUCAGCAACGGAGAUGUGAUCACCAAACAGGUGGAGGCCUUGCAGCAGCACCUCAGACCAGGAUCAGAACUUGCAGGUCUCAGAGUUGUUACUGAGCAGCCUGGAAGGUCUGAGCCCCUUCCCAUCAGCGAGUCGCCUCUUCCUCCUCCUCCACCUGAGAUAACAGGGGAAGACUUUCUCCUCAAUGAUGCGCUCGAUCCAGGUCAAGGGGUAGCAGCUGAACAGUUUUACGGCAGUGAAGCAUAUGCUUCAAGUUUUGCAUCAGUAGAUGGGUAUGAGUACCCAGAGGGGGUUUCUCCUGUACCAACAGAGACAGGAGCCAAUGGUCAUGGUUUGGACAGAGCAAGCAGCAUAGGAGAAAUACCCUAUGGAGCCAAUGACCCCAAUGGCUUCAUUAGCAACAAUUACAAUGAAAACAACAUGAACGGAGGGAGUACCGCCGUUAGCCCCACUCCCUAUGACACAAAUGGAUAUCACAGUGACGGAUACACAGGCUAUAACGAGAACGGCAGCACCGUCAGCGCUUACAAUGGGAACAGCAGUUACAACGGGAACGGUUACAACGGGAAUGGUGAUUACCGUGGAAAUGGCUACAAUGGGAAUGGCUACAAUGGAGGCGAGAACAACGGAGGCCAGUUUGUCCGGAGACGACUGCUUCCUGCGAUACCGAAAGGUCGGAAGCCUGCGUUUAAUUUCCAGUGUCUAAAGCCUCAGGCCAGCGUGGAUGACCUCCCCAUCCCUGGAAACUAUCAUGGGAACACGUCUCCAACAAGAUCCCGCCAACAGAACCACCCCGGCCUGGACUCACGACCAAGCAGUGUGUCCUCCAUGUCGUCUGCCUCCUGGGCUAACACAGCUGCAGCUGGUGCUACUCCCCUUCCAGGAAUAAUUGCCCCGUCAGCGCGCCGAGGCAAGCUCAUCUACACCCCCAUGAUCCUGGUGGAUGAAGAAAGUGGUGCCAGUCAGCCGCUCUGGUGUGACGGCUCUGCCAGUCUUCCUGCUGGGAAGCGUCAAGGCUGGUACCCUGGUCAGACCAGGACCUUCACCAGUGUGAGGAUGCCACCAUCUGUCAACCAGGGCUUCAUAGAUAAAGGCAGUGCUGACAGUCUGGUCGAAUCGAUCUUGUUCUCUGAGGGCCUGGGCAUCUAUGCCAGGGAUCCAAAAUUUGUAAGCUUUGCCAAGCGGGAGAUUGCCGAAGCGUGUCACAUGAGUCUGGACGAAAUGGAGAGCGCCGCUGCUGACCUGAUCGCGAGAGGAGCCAGUCAUCUAUCGCGGUUUGAGGAGGAACUGGCAGACGAAAUGAACUGCGUGAUUUCUUACUGA